AUGCCUUCGACAAAUGGAUUAUCAGACCCCACGGAAUAUCAAAAGAUAUUCCAUUGGGCCGAGACGCAGAAGGAUGGAACAAUCCCCUCGUUCCGCACAAGGCACAAUGACCCUUACCAGUAUCAAGCCGGAUUCGGCAACUCAUUUGAAUCUGAAGCGGUUCCUGGCACUAUUCCACAUGGCCAGAACAACCCCCGUAAAGUGCGCUUUGGUCUGUACGCAGAGCAGAUCACCGCAACUGCCUUUGUGGCUCCACGACACGCCAACAAGAAGGCAUGGUUGUACCGCGCCCGUCCGGCAGUUGCACACCAAGGUUUUACCGAAAUGCCAGACAACACAGACACGGAGUCUAACUUUCUCCCGCUGAACCCUCGGAUCCAUGUCUCCCCCACCCAGCUGGCUUGGCACCCCUUUGACAUCCCAGAGACUGGUGAGGUUGACUUUGUGUCCGGUCUCAAGACCAUUGCUGGCUCCGGAGACCCCACUCUCCGUGAGGGUAUCGCAACACACGUGUACACGGCCAACACGAGCAUGACAAAGAAGGCCUUCGUCAACUCCGAUGGCGAGUUCUUGAUCGUCCCGCAACAGGGUGCACUGGACAUUCAGACUGAAUUCGGUAAACUCUAUGUCCAGCCUGGUGAGCUUGUUGUCAUUCAGCGUGGUCUUCGCUUCCGCGUGGAGCUGCCUGAUGGCCCUUCCCGAGGAUAUAUUCUCGAGGUCUGGGGAACCUGCUUCGAGCUUCCAGAGCUCGGGCCUCUGGGCGCCAAUGGGCUGGCCAAUGCACGGGAUUUCCUGAGCCCCGUUGCCCAUUAUGAAAUUGCCCAAGAGCCCUGGGAGAUUGUUUAUAAGCUCGGUGGAAAGUUCUUCAAGAGCACCCAGAACCACAGUCCAUUCGAUGUGGUUGCUUGGCAUGGAAAUUACGUCCCAUAUAAAUAUGAUCUGACCAAAUUCGUGAACGUUGGCUCUAUCUCCGUGGACCAUAUUGAUCCGUCUAUUUUCUGCGUGCUCACAGCCAAGUCUCGAGACCUGACGGCUCCAUUGGCUGAUUUCCUUACUUUCUCCCCAAGAUGGGAUGUUGCUUCCCACACCUACCGACCUCCAUACUACCACCGCAACGUCGCGUCAGAACUGAUGGGUCUGAUCUACGGUGACUACGGUGGUCGAUCGGACGCGUUCAAGCCGGGAGGUGUAUCGUUCGAAUGUGGAAUGGUACCUCACGGCGUUGCAUAUGAGGAGUUCAAGGCUGCUAGUGAUAACGUGCCGCCCGAGAUGCGGAUCUCGGAAGCGUCCAUUGCCUUUAUGUUUGAGUCGAGUCGGCCUUUCACCAUUACCGAUUAUGCCUGGAAUAGUGAUAAGAAGCAUGAGCAUGAGCCCAAGAUGUGGGAUAGCUUGGUUGAUAACUUCUCCAAGCAUGCCAAGGAGGUUGAGGAGAUCUUGGCGAAGGCAAAGAACUUGUCUGUAUCAUAA